AUGAACGCCCAGGCCUUGAAGCAGCUCGAGGAAGAGGUACUAUACGUCUCUGUUCGUCAAGACAACGCAGGAUAUGUCCGAAAGAUGCUCGCCUCUGGAGUUUCCCCAACCGCCAGAAUUAACCGAGCGUCCAAUCUGAGACUUUUGCACCAGCGAUAUGCAGACAACGUAACAUUGGAGGAGGUCAAUAAAUAUUGGCUUUGCUAUCUCGACACUGAGGCAUUCCUGGAUAGGAUUGAUGCCCACUGGAGAGAUUGGGAGUACGCGGAAGACGAGCCCAAGAUCAUAUUCACCACUGCGAUGAACAACAGUAAAAUCAGUCGACUUCUCGUUGAAGGAGCCAAUGCAAAAAUUCUAGAUGAUGAAGAUAUUCUCUUACCUGCUAUCGGGUCCUGGCUUUCUGAGACCGAUAACCAAGGACAGGCCACGGAUCUUGAGUUCCUGCGAUCUCUUCUGCUUGACUAUUUGCAAAAACCGGAGAACAAAGAAAAGCUCAACCUGGCACUGAACAUCUGGGCUGGCAGCAAAGACGGUAUCCAGGUGAUAAAGCAGCUCAUUGCGAGAGGUGCAAACCCAAACAGCUCACUUGUUGGUGAGAAUUAUCACGAUUUUAGGACGCCUCUUGUGACGGCUUGUCGAGGCCAAGGCUUUGCCAACGUGGAGGUUCUUUUGGAGGAGGGAGCUGACCCGAAUCUUGAAGCAGAGUCCGGCAUGCUUCCGUCAGUGGCAUUAUUUACCAACUCGUGGUGUCCCGCGUCAGAUCGCGACAGGAUAUAUGACCUUCUCAAGCAACACACACCAGCAUUGAAAACAAUCACCGAGAGGCCAUUAUUACCGCCACCUGUCUUCUACAGAUACGGUUAUGGAUCUCGGGACGGAUCUGUACUUUCUGCAAUAAUCACAAGUGCCAUGAGGUACCAUAUCCCAGUGGAGUUCUUGAUGUCUCAUGACCUCUUGGACAACCUUGAUAGGUAUCUACCAGGGGAUGAAUAUGGAACUCCGCUGAUUGCUGCUGCUGCAACAGGCAGUAAAGACUUUGUUGAUCUCCUCAUUCAACACGGUGCAACUAUUGAUGCUCCAGGCCACCCUGAUACCGAGUGGUCACAUCCAGCACUUGCUGCUAUUCUUUCCGACCAUUGGGAUCUGGCAUUGAAAUUUCUAGAAGGCUUUGACGCAUCUUCGUACGAAACGGACGAAGAACAGAGAAAAUGGGAAAUGGCGCUUAUGUGUGCUCUUCAAUGGGAUGGCCAAGAUGUUGCUCUCAAGUUGAUUGAGGGCGGUGUCGAUAUCGACUUUGUUAUGGACCAGGGCGCUUCGCCCUACAUUCUAUACGAUACCCGAGAGUCUUUCCAUACCGACAUGGACGAAAUAAUGUCAUAUCUCUCUGAGACAGGAACGUCGAUAGCCUUGGGGCGAGCCAAGACCCAGCUCCAGGAGCACCAUUCGGAGACUCUUUGA